CGCCGCUUGGUUGCGUGAUCUCGUGAGCCGGGGCGAGUCGGAGCGGCGCGUGUCGUGUGCAUCUCGUUGACGCGCGGAGUACACGCGUGCGGCGCGACGGGCCUGGUUUCGGAGUUCGUCGGACUUCGGAGCCGCGGGACGGAGCGGAACGCGAUCACGCUCGGCUGAUGAAAGAGAGUGAGAAGGAGGAGUAGUGGGAGGGGCGAGAGGUACGCGCCGCUGCCGCUGCAGUUGCUGCCAGUUCCGAACGGCGAUGCUCCGUAUAAGCGCGCUCCACCGCCCGUCGAGCUUCGUGCGGCGCUGACCGAAGGCGGCAAUCGUCAACCUCGUCACCCUCGCGUCGUCCCUCGAGGCGAAAAUACGACAACGGCAACGCACCGUUUCGCUUCUCCGCCUCUCUCUCCCGGCUCUCUCGCACGCGGCUGUCUCUCUCCCUCUUACUCCGGUGACAGCCAGGUACGCGUGCACCCGCAGAGCAGACUGCCGCUCCGACGUCGAGUCAGGAUGAACUACGGGGACAUGCCGAACGUUGAUCCUGCUAGGAGUCUGCGGAGGAUCGCCCGGCACGACGAGCCGGAGUUCAGCAACGCCAGCAUUCUGAACAGCAUGGAGAAAUUCGUGCGCACCGUGAGCGAGAUGGAGGACACCAUUCUGGUGCCGAGCCGCCUGCUGGACCUGUCCGUGGGCGACGCCGGCGACACGGUCUGCAUGAAGGGCAAGCGCGGCUGCACGGUGAAGGACACCCUGGCCAACACCGAUCUGUACCGCCUCUAUAACAUCAUCAAUCAGAUGAAGAUCGAGCUGCUGUGGUCGCAGGAGCCCACGCGGGGCACCGUGGCGGACGAUCAGACGCCGAUCAAGAGCCAUCCGGUCGGCAGCCCGUCCGCCGAGCUGGCGCACCACCACGCGAACGGCGGUAGACUCGGCCACGUGCGUUGCCCCAGCACCACGUCCAUGCAGAGCGUGCAGAGCGCGUCCUCGAUCGCCUGGACCUCCGACUCGGACUCCGAGAACGGUAUCGAGAUCGACAGCGGUCUGGAGGCCGAGGAGUGCGCGGUCGACCUGGCGAGCAUCGCCGCCGAGAACUUUAAGCGUCAUCUGCGCGGCCUCCACAGCAGCAUCGCCCGCAUGACGGAGGCGGCUGAGUAUCUGACGUUGCGGUACCAGGCCGACGUGGGCGGGCAAGUCUGAUUCGCCGCCGGCAUCAUCACCGUCGCUUUCGUCUGCGUCGCCGCCUGCGCGUCAUUGAUUGUCAUCGCGAACAGGCCCCGUCGAUCGAUCUCGUGGACACUUUCGCGACUCCCGGCUUCCUGAGGUGCCUCGGCAGAACUUCAGGAAGCGCCGCGCGGCGAAUCGCGAAGGACCUCACGCCGUGGAGCUCUAAAACCCGAUAUCAAUCCGUUAUCUUGCUGUAUAAUUCGCUGCGAUUGAAAUACGCUGCCCGCGCGCUCCGUUUGUGCCAACGCUAAAGUAUUCCGGUAAUGUAUUCAGACGAGACAAUAAAUUGUCGAAUGCGUAAAUCACCACGCGUACGAACUAUUAGUUCUUAAACGGAAUUGAGAACAUGAGAUAAGAUAGCUCGAGGGACGCGUUAUUUUUGGUAUAGAUAGCGUUAUAAAGAGAUAACACUUAGUUUUGUUCAGUUUUCAACUAUAGCUUUCGCACUGGCAAUCGAAUUCAGUUGAACAAAAUGAGAACAACCUACAAUCAGGGACGGAUGUGAUUAUACGUAACAUAAAUCAUUUUUUCGUUAUUUUAUUGCGGUUGGAGCAUAUUGUAUUUCUAGUAAUAGGUUUAGAUUUGUAUCACGUAUAUGCUUGUAUGUGUGUGUGUCGGGUAUAGAAGGUACGAGAAAGAUGAACAUAAAAUGAAAAUGUCAUAUGUGAACGGCACAUUUAAGCGCAUGAAUUGUGUAGUUUAGACCACUCUUACUUGCGUCACAUCCUAGAUUGCAUUUUCUCGUACAAUUUUCUUUCGAUGAAGCAUCGCGUUGCUUUAGAGUAAUUCUCCAUUUAACGCCAUUAUUUUUUACUUUUGUACACAAAGAAUUGGAAUUAAUUUAAAAUUGUUGCAGAUUGGCCGCUUCGGUUCACGCUUGCAAAAGAAAUUUAGUUUGGACAUACAAGUUUUCUGUCGAAAAACUGCCAACGAUUCGAGGAUGACUAAAAUCAUUUGAAAAGAAUCGUCGAUAAAAUGAAGUUUGGCCUUUCGUUGUGUAUAUUUAUUUAUUUAUUUUAACAGCUUUCGUACAUAGGUCCCUCUUUUUAGACUUAAACGAUGUGUCGAGAUCUCAAGGAUACAAAAUACAAAAAUAUUAUUGUUAUAGACAUUUGAAGGUUUUUAAAAACUAUUUAUAAAUUGUAUGGAAAGAAACGAGAUGGAGCCGUAAUAGUUCAUAUGUAUAUAUUAUUGUUGGAUGUUAUUUUAUAACAUAUGCGAUUUAUUGUAAUAUAAGUCACGACUAGUGGUUUGUGACUAAAGUACCGAAUUACCUCUGAAUUACUGUAAAUACUGCUACAUCGAAAGAACGAGUGCAUUUUGGACAUAGCGGAGUGAGAUUGUACAAACUAUAGUAUAUGUCUUGGAGUGUCGUGUAUGUCUGCGGUAGAAGUCGCGUCAGUCACGCUCAAGUAUCCCUUCUCCCUUAGAUUUUUCUCCUCAUUUUUGGAUUUUCACUUUCGCGAGAGAGCGAAUUGUUAAUGUUAUCGAAUUGUAUCUUAUGCCACGGCGGCGACCGACGUUAGUGUGUAUAUAUACAUAUUUAGUGCUCUACGAUUAUUUAUUUCUACAUAAAGUUAAUAGAAGGCACCGUUUAACUUGUAAGUUGCGCGAGUUGUGAAUGUGCUCGUUCGCGGUGAAUCGUUUUUAAGUCGUAGGCGAAAAAGAACGAUUGGUCGGUGCAUGUUUCUAAGCCGAUAGAAUUUGGAACGGUGUCUGGAACUCGUAAUCCAUAAUGCGUUCGCACUGUAAAUAGAGCCGGUGAGAUGCUUUCCUGACGCGCUAAUAUCAUUAGAAUCCGAAUGAUUGCGGAUCUUGCGUAUCGGAUUUGUACAGUUUGCGGUUAAGAAUUUUUCGAACUUUUAAUGCAAAAAUUAGAGAAGAGCAGAAGAAGAAAAAAGUGGCGGAGAGGAAAACUGUUACUAUGUUACAAUAAUUUUCGAGAGCAACACACAAAUUGUUUCUAAUAAAUGAUAUAAAUUCUUACAAGAGUGUAUCUUUGUGUGCUUAAGUACAUUACUGUAUAUUCCCGCUUUACAUUCGCGACUUGUUGAAAAUCCUUCGAGACAAGUAGCACAAAAUUCACUAUUAUUUCGUUACACAUUUCUUUCCUCUGUAUACAUUUUAUGUACAUAUAACGAUGCAUAAAAUAAUACAAAUUUAUAGAUACGGUGCCAUAUCUGUUGAAACUUAUGUUUCAACGUAAUCUGCAUUCGUGAGCUGCGCAAAAUUGUGGAAAUCUUAAACGUCCGAUACGAAAAUCAUGGCUAGACGACAAUUCGGACUUGUAACUGUGCCACUGAUUUGUUAUUUUUAGAAAGGUGUCUUUUUCACGCAUUUUCUUUACCUGCUUUUGUGGAAUAAGAGGAAAAGUGUUUCGGAGGAAUCUUUCAGAACAUUUAAGCUUUUCAUGAUUAUGCAAUUGACUCGCUAUGCAUAGGUGAAUUAAGUUAAGAAUUAAGUUACGCUAAGAAUGAUUUUUAUAUUCAUUCCACAUCGUGAGAGUUGUCUACUUUUAUGAUUCUCCUAAGAUAUGGCGGUACAUCUCGGGGAUUUUCAAAUAGCGCGUACAUGCAUUGGUAUAUUUGCUAUCAGUGACGUACCGAUGAUCCAAAGUAAAGAUAGAAAUGACAAGUAAUUCCGUUUGCGCUGCUUAAUAGCAAGAACAAUAUUCGUCGCUGCGCUGGAUGCAAUGCUGCGUAACGUAACUAAGUUUUAACGAGAAUUUGACAGUCCCCGAGAUUGCGUAUAAAUUAUGAUUAUUUAUGGGUCAUAAAUAAUACGUGUGUAACGUUAGCAAAGUAAUCGAUUAGAAUACAAAUACUGUGCUGCGGUAAUAGUCUGCUCUUCGCGUGGGAUCAUGACCAUUACUACAGGAUUGGCGAUGUUAAUUAGAUUAAUAACAUUUAUAAAGAAUAUUUGAUACACUUGAAUGCAAUUGUGCGAAAAAGAACAAAAGUGCCCAAUUGGAAUAUAAUUCAACCAGAUUUUUACUGUUGUACUGUUAUACGCGAAAUGGUGAUAAAAUACGAGAAAUUUAACUUAUUAUUCUCGAGUUUAUUCUGAGAGAUGUAUGCAAACGUGGAUCAUUUUGCAGUUUGUUUAACGUUAAAGCGAAACUUCUAUUCUGAAAGAGUUCUUUCUUGCAUAGUUUAUUUUGUUGCACGAUGCAAUUGCAGUCCUUGUGUCAAGAUAUUCUGUACGCAAUUGGAACAUUGUCGCAUAUAAUAUUUCGUGCUUUCUCGCUUUACGCGCUGUGAUGAAAUAUGUAGAAAUUGAUUUAAUUCAACAAGUUUUCGAAAAGCGCUUCGUCACCGUAAUUAAUAUAUCAAGUGGUACGCGUGCGUUUAUUACUUUGGCGUCCUUCAGCUUUACACGUGUUUACCUAUACAGCACGCAUGUUUAAAAGACAUCUUUAAGACACGCGUGCUGUAUGGGUAGUGUUUGCAACAUGGAAUUAGGUGGUACACGAACUGCCUUGAUUUUAUAUUGCGAUAACGCUGUUAAAAGAGCUCAAUUUCAGUAAGGAACAUUAGCUUUAGUAGACGAUACCGACGUUGAUAUGUACAGAUUAACGUGCGUACUGGAUCUUCGGGAUACAUGUAUGGUAUUUGUAAAACGUCUGCGCACUUGAAUGAUGGUAAUAAAUUAAUUACUUCCACA